UCCACCUCUCUCUCUCUCUCUCUCUCCUCAUUUUCUCUCUCUAACUCCUUCCUUUCUUGGCUCUUUAUUUUCUUUGUUUGCACUCAUUCCCCACACUACACGGCAUCAUUCUCGGAGCCCAAGUAUCAUCAGGGCACACAGGCUCGAAACAAUCUCUCUCUCACAGAGAGAGAGAGUCUCAACUCUCACAGAGUUGAUUUAAAUUCGGAUGCGAACGGAUUUACGAUGAUCUCUUCUGCCACCCCUGUUGUUGAACUUUGAACUAUAGAGGGAUUAAAGAACAUUGGCUUGAUCGAAAUCAGGAUAUAUGGAGGAAAGGAAACUGAAUUUGAAUGCGCCUUUUCUGUCCGUGAGACGAAUUACUGCAACACCAGUGAUCGCAGAUGGAGAGAAAGAGAAGAUAAUGCAGAGGCCCAAUGGGCGGCAUACUCUUCCUUCUUACAAAUCAGACUUUCGUUUGGAGCAGGUGACAGAACCGGUUGCAGUUCCUUUUCAUUGGGAGCACAUCCCCGGAAAAGCCAAGGAAGACAAUGAGGCAGAGCUUCAGCCUACAGAGGAGGCUUCAGUCACUCCUAGGCUUUCCCCUGGAAAGCUUAUAGAUGUUAAAAAACAUAAUUCAGAAAGGGACUAUGGAGAUCAAAAUGCGGCUAGAUCACCGCACUUUAAAUCGUAUUCUUUGAAAGAAAAUGUGAAGGAAUUGAAGUGCUCGAAAGAUGUGACAAACGAGAGAAUGGCCUUGGAAUUACAGAAUGAGGAUGAUGUUUAUUCGGAUGCACUUGAGACGAUUUCCCCUACAAAGUCUUUCUCAUUGAACUGUAGUGCAAGUUGUCUGAGUCAAUCUGAAAGUGCAGAUAUAAAGCCAUCUAGACCCUCCGCUAUUGAUCCACAAACCCGGGAUUUCAUGAUGAAUCGAUUCUUACCUGCAGCCAAGGCAAUGUCUUUGGAGACACCUCACGCUGCAAAGAAGCAGCAUACAGCUGCACCUGAACCGCCAAGAAGAAUCACGAGGGUAAUCCGCCGUGAGGAUACGAGGCCCUUACCUAAGGAACAAGGAUCUCAAAUGGAACUGCAACACGGACAAUACGAAGAGGAAAAGGAAAGUGAAGGAGAAGAUGACGAUUACGAUCCCUCUGGCUCUGUUUCAGCAAAGGGUUGUGGGUUGUUUCCCCGGUUGUGCUUGCGAAACUCUUUAUGCCUCUUAGGUCCAAUUCCAGGGAUGAAAGUUAAGACCAGGGAUCUCAUGUCUUCGUCCUCCAAGGUUGCAAGACCAGAAAAAUCUACUUACGGUCGGUCUCACAGCCAACAACUCAACAAGCAUGCUUGGGAUGCUGCUUAUAAGCGCAAAUCAAACUGUGGAGUCCAAUCAGGUGAAUUGCUGAAGUUGGAGAAUAAGAAGGCUGGUGAGUCCAAUCGCUUUACUCAUUCUGGUGAUCUGAAGAAAGGUAGGUCAUCUCCCUUCGGGAAUUCACGAAGUGCUUGUAUAUCCCCCUACCGGAAUAGAGCACCUUGUGGAGUCAAAUCAGCAGAAUUUCAGAAGUUUGACUAUAAUCAGGCUGGUGAAUCCAGUCGCUUUACACUCGCCGGUGAUCUAACAAAAGGUGGUUUAUCUCCCUUGAGGCAUUCACGAAGUGCUUGCAUAUCCCCCUACCGAAAUGGAGCACAUUGUGGAGUCAAAUCAGCUGAACUGCAGAAGUUUGAGUAUAAGCGGGCCGGUGAAUCCAGUCGCUUUACACACUCUGGUGAUCUCAAGAAAGGUACACUGUCUCCCUUGAGGCAUUCACGAAGUGCUUGCAUAUCCCCCUACCGAAAUGGAGCACAUUGUGGAGUCAAAUCAGCUGAACUGCAGAAGUUUGAGUAUAAGCAGGCCGGUGAAUCCAGUCACUUUACACACUCUGGUGAUCUCAAGAAAGGUGCACUGUCUCCCUUGAGGCAUUCACGAAGUGCUUGCAUAUCCCCCUAUCAAAAUGAUGCCCCUCAUGGAGUCCAUUCAGCUGAACUGCAGAAAAUUGAGUAUAAGCAGGCUUGUGAAUCCAGUCUUCUUACACAUUCCGGUGAUCUAAACAAAGGUAGGUUAUCUCCCUUGAGACAUUCACGAAGCACUUGCAUAACCCCCUAUCCGAAUGAAGCACCUCGUGGGUUCCAUUCAGCUGAAAUGCAGAAGUUUGAGUAUAAGCAGGCUUGUGAAUCCAGUCGCUUUGCACAUUCUGGUGAUCUAAAUAAGGGUAGGUCAUCUCCCUUCAGGCAUUCACGUAGCACUUGUAUAUCCCCUUACAGAAAUGAAGCACCUCUUGGAGUCCAUUCAGCUGAACUGCAGAAGUUAGAGUACAAGCAGGUAAGUGAAUCUAGUCGCCAUACACAUUCCGGUGAUCUAAACAAAGGUAGGUCAUCUCCCUUCAGGCAUUCACGAAGUGGUUGCAUAUCCCCCUAUCGAAAUGAAGCACCUAAGUCUCCAUUUCCGGGAGUAGGAUUUCUUGGCGUUCCCAGAGAAGAGAGCACCAAAGCCAAUAGUAAGUCCAAUUUGCAUAAAAAAGGUGGUCACAGCUUUCGGGAAGUAACAAGCCAUCAACGAAAUAUACAAGGGCCACGCUCUGAGAGCCCUAUUGUUGAGAAGACGCUGUAUGUAGAUACUGUAAAUAUUGGCAAACUAUCAGAUUCGAAUUCCAGUUCUUUUGAUACCAAAGAACAAGUCGACUGUGCUGAUGAAAUUUUUGAUACCUUAUUAAAGAGAAGAGACAUGGAAGAAACUUCUUCUGCAGAAUCUCCGUUUCAAGACAUCAAAUGCCUGAAUAAUUUCGAGGCUGGUGGCAAAUUGGAAACUGAAGUAUUCGAGUCUGCUGAUGACAACUCAUCUUCAUUAUGUGACAUAUCACACUUCAAAGGCCAAAUAGUUGCUAUGAAGGACUCUCUGCUGGGAAUUGGUCAGGAAAUUGAGGCCUCUAACUAUUCAAACUCUGAUACUAAUGGAAAGCUGGAUACAAAAAGUGGUCAGAUUAUAACUGUACAGUCUCCUCUUCCCCCACCUCUACCAAGAUCACCUUCCGAGUCUUGGCUUUGGUCUACCCUUUCGUCAAUUUCUUCACGAAAGUCAUUUUCACAUGCGCAUACUAAAAGGCUGGAAUCGGAGACAUCCUCCAUGAGUACCAAGUGGGAAACCAUUGUCAAAACUUCCAAUUCGUGUAAUGAUCAUGUGCGCUACUCUGAGGAAUUAAUUACUCGUUUUUCUCAGCAAUCCUAGAGUAAGAUUUGCCCGGGUCUUCCAAAAUUUUCUUUUUGUUUUGCUGGCUUCAUCGGAAGAGUUGGUUUGAAGGUGAUCUGAGGUAGCUAACUCGAGCUGGCCAAUUUAUUUUUGGAGGUUCUCUUCCUCCAAUUGUUUUUGCUACUGUAUACCAGAUAAGCAACUUGGGUUUUCAGAUUCUGCUUUCUGCUUUUUUUUUUUUUUUCCCCUGUCUACAUUUGAGUUCCUCUUACAAAUUCCUUGUAGUUGAAGCAAUUCCCAUAUCAGUAGCUUUUAAUGUGUUGGCUUUGAUAUUUUUAGGAAGUCAAUCACCCUAAAGAUGAUCAUUCAUUUACAUUUUGCUACUGAUUAUUAAAAUAUUUGUAUAUUUCAGGUUUGUAGUUUCUUUGCUUCAGUAAAAGUAUAUGUAUAUUUCUGUGUUGGA